AUGUAUCUACUGGUAUACGUCGACGACAUCCUCCUAACUGGAAACAACAACACCCAACUAAACGAGCUUAUACAAAAACUUCAGCAAAGAUUCAACUUGAAGCAGCUCGGCGUCGCCCACCACUUCCUCGGCAUUAAAAUCCGAUCACUCCCAGAUAAACUCUUUCUAUCUCAAGCUCACUAUGCACAAUCUAUCAUUAAUCAAGCAAACUUAGGCAAAUGCAAUUCGGUGGCAAACCCAUCUUGCACAAAACAGCUUAUUGACUGUCUUGCACUUGAUUUAUUAUCUGAUCCAAAACUCUAUCGCAGGAUAACAGGAGCGCUUCCAAACCUUACCAUAACACGUCCGGAUAUUGCAUAUGCAGUCAACAUGCUAUCCCAACAUAUGCAUGAUCCGACAAACACAAACGCGCAUCAACUAAAACGAUUACUGAGAUACAUUCAGGGUACACACAAUUUUGAUCUUCCAAUAACUAAUUCAAAUCUUCAAUUGCAGACGUUCUCGGACGCAGACUGGGCUGGAGAUCCAAUCACUCGCCGAUCGACGUCGGGAUAUUGUACGUUCUUGGGAGAUACAUUGGUAUCGUAG